UGUGCUGUGUCCCUCGGACACAGUGGAUCACCGAUCCACGGAAAGAGACGAAGAUGUCGGCUCAGUCAUGUGAUCGGCUGUGUCCAAUCACAGCUGAUCGCUGAUCAUCAGAGCACAGAUGAUCAGUGUGCCCCGAUGAUCUGUGUAGCCCCAGCAGCGCCACCUGUCAGUGUCCAUCAGUGCCAGCUCUCAGUGCUCAUUCAUGCCACCUGCCAGUGCCACAUAUCAGUGCCCAUCUGAGCUGCCUUUCAGUGUCACCUAUCAAUGCCAGUCAGUGCCCGUCAGUGCCGCCUAUCAGUGCCGCCUAUCAGUGCCCGUCAGUGCCGCCUAUCAGUGCCUGUCAGUGCCGCCUAUCAGUGCUGCCUGUCAAUGC